CAGGCCUUGUAUGGUUUCUGUGAGCUGAGCAGAGAUAUUAAACCUUCAGCAUUUAAUAUGCAUGUUCACUUGCCAGUCACUAACUUGAACUUACACUUAGUAAUAGCUAGGCUAGUUGAAAACCAAGUUGGCUCACCACUUAACUGCUUUUCUGCUAAGUGGAAUCAUAUGGGAAUUGAGUUUUGAUUAAUUCAUGAUCAGCAUAAAAGGACAUCACUGGGAAGAGAGUCAGCAGAGUGCUCAACAAAAUCACCCCAGAUGCUAAAAAACAGUGUCAGAGAUUACAAGCUAAGAAAACCAUUGAAGCUCAACAAUGGCUUCACUACCGACAAUGGCAGAGGAAGGAAAUGUGUGCUACCAUGAUGUCACUGUCAUUGGAGCUGGUUGGUCAGGCCUUGUUGCGUGCAAGUACAUGAAAGAGGAGGGGCUAUCAGUGGUAUGUAUCGAGAGGAAAGGGGAUAUUGGAGGGGUGUGGCUGUACUCAGACGACUCGACUAUUCCCACGGUGAUGAAAUCAACUCGUUGUACAUCCUCCUCCACUGUAACUGAAAUGUCCGAUUUCCCAAUGCCUCUUGAAAUAGGGACUUUUCCCACCCAUGAUUCCAUUAUGCAAUACCUACAUGACUAUACCAAUUGCUUUAAAUUGAUGCCUCACAUUCAACUCAAUACUGAGGUGGCACUUGUCGAGAAAAAAGAUGCUACAUGGUAUACUACGUGCUCCAAUGGGACCGUGUACUCAAGCAGGAAUCUAGUCAUAGCUACCGGUGUUGUACAGCAACCAAAUAGGGAGCUUGAAGAUUCCCUCCUCAGUAGCUUCACCGGUAAAAUCUACCACGCAAGCGAGAUCAAGGCCCCUCUAGAAAAGCAUCGAGAGCAGAGACUACUCGUCUUGGGAGGGGGAGAAACAGCGAGCGAUAUUUGCACAGAGUGGAGAGAUCUAGUCGACUUCACAUACUGGAGCAUCCCAAGAGGACAACACUUUUUCAGAAAGUACGCUAAAGUUGUUCCGUGGGGAAAACCCCAGGCUCUGGAUAAAGCAUCAUCUAGAAUGAUGAAAGCACUUGCGCCAUACCAUCGAGGAAAGCCUGGACUCUCUUGGAUCUGCAAGUGGACAACGAAUGGAUCGCUAUUGGCCUAUCAAGGUCAUGGAAUUUCCGAGUGGAAAAACGAUGCAAAGUUUUUUCAUUUCUUCUUUAACAAGAAUGGCAAGGUCUUGGAUUUAGUUGACUACAAGCGUCUUGUGCCUAAGGGUGGAAUUACAAAAUGUGAAGGAAAGAAAAUCACAUUUGUCGACGGUACCUCUCAAGAAUUCGACCUCAUCAUCACCUCAACAGGGUACAAAGUGCAGUAUCCCUACCUACCAAAGCGCUACUCAGACGUGAAAAUAAUUAGUAGGCACAAGUUCGUUUUUGAUGUUGAGGAUCCAUCGAUUGCUUUUAUUGGUCUUGCUCGACCUAUUGUUGGCUCCAUUGUAGGAAUUUCUGAGCUCCAGGCCCGAUGGUCGGCCAAAGUGUACAGUGGGUACAUUCCCCUGAAGAGUCUGGAGGAAAGGCGAACAGACGUAGCAAAGGACACAGCACACUGGCAGGAAUACUUCCGGGAAUCUUCGCAACGAAUCGAAGGUCUGGUUGAGGGGUACACCUAUGUGGACGACUUAGCCAAGCAUGCUGGAAUCUAUCCCAAUUAUUGGGAGCUGUUCAAGACUAACCCGCGACACUGGUACAUCGCUGUUUUCUCACCGUACAAUUCUGCAAGUUAUCGAAUAAGCGAACCACAACACAGGGAGCAAGCUAUUGCCACACUGAACAGCCAUCGUAAAGGUACACUCACUCCUGCACACCUCUUCUUGAUUCUUUUCCUGCGAAUCAUUUGGUUCGAUUGGUGGUUAAUUCAAUUGAGCACUAUCAAGUAUCGUAUUCAGAGUGCCAGCUGGUGGCCACGUAUCCGAGAUACUCGUGCAAUGAGAGCAGUCAACCAUGUAUGGACGUACCCCAAAAGAGUUAUGUUUGACAACAUAUCGAGCGAUCGCAAUGAAGAGUUGACGCUAAGAAAUGGACACCACCUGUCGCCAAAACAGAAUGGACAUGUGUUGACUGGUGAAAAUGGAAUGUGUGUACACAAUAAACAACAAACACUUAGUAAGAGACCACACACAUAACCUUGCAUGUGUCGGGAAGUAGCAACCAUUUCAUUAGCUCAAUAUACAUGCCAUGCAUUCUUCUCAUACCAUUCACCAAAUUAAUAGUAGUAUUCAUUGUCAUGAAAUCCAAUGUGCAACAAAAAACAUUGUCAUUAUUUCCCAUAAUAGCAGUGAAUAUUUUUAUAGGAUUGAUGCAUGUUUUUUACAGAUGCCAAAUAAUAAUUGUAAGCACUGCAA